AUUACAAGAAUUUCAUAUCAAUGUCUAAAAACACAAGUAUCUUCUAUCCAAACUAGUGAAUGAAGACUUCACCCAUGAUAUUCCUAUUUUCAACCAUUCAGUCCAUAAAGCUUCUUGCAAUAUGUCUUUGUGCAUUUCUAAUGGCCUCUUCUACACAUGUUUCUUCUUCUUCAACCAUUAAUGUAAAAAGUAGAGAAGCAAGUUCUUUGUUGAAAUGGAAAAGCAACCUUGAAAUAGAAAGCCAAGCUUUGUUAUCUUCAUGGAAUGGCAACAAUUCAUGCAACUGGAUGGGAAUUACAUGUGAUGAAGAUAACAUAUUUGUCACCAAUGUAAAUCUCACAAAAAUGGGAUUAAAAGGUACACUUGAAACUCUCAACUUCUCAUCAUUUCCAAACAUACUCACUCUUAAUCUUAGUGGCAACUUCUUGAAUGGAAGUAUUCCUCCCGAUAUCGAUGCUUUGUCGAAACUAUCCCAUCUUGAUCUUAGUAACAAUGAUCUCACAGGGCAUAUCCCGUUUUCGAUAGGAAAUUUGACUAACUUGAUGUAUCUAAAUUUAGCAAAGAACCAUAUUUCUGGCCACAUCCCUAAGGAGAUUGGGAAGUCAAUGAACCUAAAAUUUUUAAUUCUUUCUCUUAACAACUUAUCUGGCCAUAUUCCUGUGGAAAUUGGGAAAUUGAUCAAGAUGAACUAUUUAAGGCUUAGUGAUAAUAGUCUUUCUGGUUUCAUUCCACAUGAAAUUGGAAUGAUGAGAAAUUUGGUUGAAAUUAAUUUGUCCAAUAACUCUUUAUCAGGCAAACUCCCACCAACAAUAGGAAAUUUGAGCAAUUUACAAAAUCUUUUCAUAUUUUCAAACCAUCUUUCUGGGGAACUUCCAAUAGAAAUCAAUAAGCUUUCCAAUUUGGUAACAUUUCUAAUAUUUUAUAACAAUUUCAUUGGUCAACUCCCUCACAAUAUUUGCACUGGUGGAAACUUGAAAUACUUCGCUGUUUUGGAUAACCAUUUCACUGGUCCUGUUCCGAUGAGUUUGAAGAAUUGCUCAAGCAUUGUAAGAAUUAGGCUUGAACAAAACCAACUUUCUGGAAAUAUAACAGAUUUCUUUGGUGUGUAUCCGAAUUUGGAUUACAUGCAUUUGAGUCAAAAUAAUUUUUAUGGCCAGAUUUCACCGAACUGGGGGAAAUGUCGUAGCCUGACAUUCCUCAAUGUCUCCAAUAAUAACAUAUCUGGCGGUAUACCACCAGAACUAGGCGAGGCAACCAUUUUAUAUGCGCUCGACUUAUCUUCAAAUUAUCUCACAGGAAAAAUUCCAAAGGAGUUAGGUAACUUGACUUCAUUGUCUAAACUCUUGAUACACAACAACCGUCUUUCAGGAAACGUUCCUGUACAAAUAACAUCACUAAAGAAACUUGAGACCUUAAAUCUUGCCGUAAAUUAUCUAAGUGGCUUCAUCACAAGAGAACUAGGAUAUUUUCCUAGAUUAUUGAACAUGAAUUUGAGCCAUAACAAAUUUAAAGGAAAUAUUCCUGUUGAGUUUGGCCAAUUUAAAGUCCUUCAAAGUCUUGAUCUUAGUGGGAAUUUUCUCAACGGAACAAUACCGUCAACGCUUGCUCAACUGAUAUACUUAGAAUCAUUGAAUAUAUCACAUAAUAACCUUUCUGGAUUUAUUCCCUCGAACUUUGAUCAUAUGCUGAGUUUGUUAUCGGUUGACAUAUCGUUUAACCAAUUAGAGGGUCCGGUUCCAAACAUUCCAGCUUUCAAUAAAGCAACCAUUGAAGUUUUGAGAAAUAAUACAAGACUGUGUGGUAAUGUUUCUGGAUUGGAGCCUUGCUCAAAAGCAAGCGGUACUAGAUCUCAUAAUCAUAAGAAAGUCUUAUUGAUUGUUUUACCACUUGCAAUUGGAACUCUAAUACUAGUAUUAGUUUGUUUCAAAUUCUUGCAUCUCUGCAAAAAUUCAACCACGAUACAAUACCUGGCUCGAAGGAACACAUUUGAUACUCAAAAUCUAUUUACCAUAUGGAGUUUUGAUGGAAAAAUGGUGUAUGAGAGUAUUAUUGAAGCCACAGAAGAUUUUGAUGAUAAACAUCUCAUCGGAGUAGGAGGGCAGGGAAGUGUUUACAAAGCCGUGUUGGACACAGGUCAAGUAGUGGCUGUGAAAAAACUCCAUUCAGUAAUAGAUGAAGAAGAUUCCAGCCUAAAAUCUUUCACAAGUGAGAUCCAAGCUUUGAUAGAAAUUCGACAUCGUAACAUUGUGAAGCUGUAUGGAUUUUGUUUGCAUUCACGAUUCUCAUUUUUGGUUUACGAUUUCAUGGGAAAAGGAAGUGUAGAUAACAUUUUGAAAGAUGAUGAUCAAGCAAUUGCAUUUGAUUGGAAUAAGCGGGUGAAUGUCAUUAAAGAUGUAGCUAAUGCUCUAUGUUAUAUGCAUCAUCAUUGCUCACCUCCGAUUGUUCAUCGAGAUAUAUCAAGCAAGAAUAUACUUCUAGACUUGGAAUAUGUAGCUCAUGUCUCUGACUUUGGAAUAGCUAAACUUCUAAAUCCUGAUUCAACCAAUUGGACCUCAUUUGCAGGAACCAUUGGAUAUGCUGCUCCAGAAUAUGCUUACACAAUGAAAGUGAAUGAGAAGUGUGAUGUAUAUAGUUUCGGAGUGUUGGCAUUGGAAAUACUCUUUGGAAGACACCCAGGAGGUUUUGUAUACUAUAAUACCUCACCAUCACCUUUGUGGAAAAUCGCAGGCUACAAACUCGAUGACAUGUCAUUGAUGGACAAGUUGGAUAAACGUCUCCCUCGUCCGUUGAAUCAUUUUAUUAACGAGUUAGUAUCAAUUGCAAGGAUAGCAAUUGCCUGCUUGACUGAAAGUUCACCAUCUCGCCCUACCAUGGAGCAGGUCACCAACGAACUUGCAAUGUCAUAUUUGUCUACAAUGGAUGAGUUUCAUAUUGUCAAAGAGAAUCACACACAAAUAGAUUAAAGAAUAAACUUACUAAACAUGCUUGAGUUCUACAUGUUCUUUCUUGUUUAAAAAUAUUGAAAACCAUUUUAAAUUCUUUUGUAUGCAAUGCUAUUUUAUUGUAAUUGUUUCUUAAUGUCAGAUGUCAUGUCAUUUUAAUUAUAUAUUGAUAAUAUUGUAUAGUCUCAAGAUGAGUUAAGUGUUAUUAAAACCCCCCAAGGUUUGAAUAUUUCAAUCAAUUGGUGAAUUGUUAA